AUGGCGUGGAGCGGCGGGGGCCCCAAAGAGGCAGCUGUAGGGGAGGGGGCUUCGUUGCCUUCUCCUGCCCUGACUGUGGGCAAGGGAGGCCCUCAAGGGGGAACCCCUUCUCUGGUGCAAGCUGAGCAGCCUUUAGGGACUUUGGAUGCGGUGUACAAGGAGGUUUCAGGCACGCAAUCUCCGCCAGCAGCAGGGGGUAGAAAGCCUUCUGGGGGCGCUUCCCCAGCGGCAUCAGUAGAUUGGCAGGGGUUACCUAUGUACAAUCCAGCAGCAAUAGGGUACGCGUUGCAUGGGCCUGUUGCAGCGCGUGAGGGGUUGCAGGGGGGCUUGGUGCCUGCACGUGCUUUGUAUGAGACGCCUUUGCAGUCGCGGAGCCGCGAGCGAAAGGGGGGAGGAGGCGGUGAUGCUUUAGUGAAGUGGUGGUUGCUGAUGUUGAUGACUCUGAACACUUUGGCUUCUUGCUGGGGUCUUUGGGAGCUGCGUCAGCGUACAGCACAAAUCAUACACGCGCAGGAGGCGGCCCUGGGGGAGCUCACUGACACCAUCCGGCGUCGCGUGCUGCCUGUCUUCGAUCAGAAUCUCUUCCCCGACACCUUGCUACCGUCGCCUAUGGACUCGCUCACCAGGCAGCUCUUUAAUGAGUGGGCGGGGACGCGAGAUGAAGGGCCUCCUACGGUGCAGAACACGGAGGAGGAGACCACCUCACACAAGCCUAGACCGCCCCGGCUGCCCCUACACGCAGGCAAUCUUGAACAGGGCAGACAGCGGCGGCAGACGCACCUGCCUGAUUUCUUACUAAGCCCAACGGUCCCCACAGGGCCUUCUCCGAGCCUGGUAGAUAUACCGGCUCAGUCUCCUCUCCCCCCAAAGUGGAGCUCCCCCAGCGACCAUCCUUAG